UUGGCUCUCCCACCAUGCACUACAUGGGCAGCGGUUAUCCACAGGCGUUGUAACGGGACGCGGGUAUCUUCCCUUUACCCCUUCCUUCCGGGCACUAAUAAGCUCUGCUCUUCCACCACCCCGGUUCCUGGAGACGAAGGGAACGGGUGCUAAUCUCGCGAUGCGGACGAAUUCGAUGCGAAUUGGCGGGGUAAAUACCCGCGAGGUUCCUUCUUGGCAAGCGACCUAUAAGCUCACGGACUACCCGGGUAGAGAGAUGCGUACCGAGGCGGUCUGCGCGCGUCUGUAAAGGUGCAUCGUGAUCAAAAUGUUCGGUCUAAAGGCGUGCCUCUCUGGUGGUCUGCUGCUGCUGGGCGCCGCUGUGACGGAGGCGAAGUACAUCGUCCCGGGGGCCAGAUGGCGGGACACGGACGGCAAUCUCGUCAACGCCCACGCGGGCAGCGUGGUGCUGGAUAAUGGGAAGUUCUGGUGGUUCGGCGAGUACAAGGUCCAGGGUCAAGAGGAGGGUGGCGGCGUGUCGGUCUACAGCUCACCCGACCUUGCUACGUGGACGUACCACGGCCUUGCUCUAGAGCCCGUGAACGGACACCCCUACAUCGCCCCUGAGAUGAUCAUCCAGCGGCCCAAGGUCGUGUACAGCGAGUCGACAGGACAGUACCACAUGUGGUGGCACGCCGAUAAUUCUUCCUACGGACUUUUACUUCAGGGAUUCGCGACCGCCGACACGAUUGAAGGGCCGUACAGCUUCGUCGACGCGACGGCCCCUCUGGGCAACUGGUCCCAGGAUUUCGGCAUGUUCACUGACUAUAAAGACGGCCGAACCUACGCCUUGUACUCAAACGGCGACCGACGGGAAGGCCGCGACGUGUACUUGACCUCCUACAAUAAGGAGGUUACGGGCCUCGACGAGGUGGUCUAUCGUUUCGACAAGUUCGAUCUUGAAGCGCCAACAAUCCUUCAGACGGAUAAAAGUUAUUAUGCUUUGAUGAGCCACAAGACGGGGUACAGGCCAAACAAUGUCGUCGCCUUCCGGGCGGACCGCUUGAGUGGCCCAUGGUCCCAGCCUUGGAUAGUUGCACCGCUCAACACGCGCACUUUUAACUCUCAGUCUGGCUUCACAUUGAGAAUUAAGGGUAAUAGGAAGACAACUUACCUCUACUUGGGCGACCAGUGGGAUUCCAAUUCGCUUUGGGAGAGCCGAUACAUCUGGCUCCCCAUCACGAUCGACGAUGCCAAGAAGACCCUCGAAGUGGAGUGGCAUGAUGUCUACGACCUGGAUGUGAAAUCUGGAAAAUGGCAGCCCAUUCAAGGCAGAGAAUACCUGGCUAUAGACGCCAAGACGAGCGGGAACGCGUUCAAGCAAGAGGCGAAUUUCGCCAGCAGGGGCACGAUCGUGACCGGGAUAGAAGGCAACGACAGCACCGUCACCUUCAGCGGCAUCCAAGGCACAGGAAAGCCGCAGUGGGUGUCGUUCUACUACCAGAAUACCGACGACAUGGGUUUCGGAGAUCAACCGGGCGGUUCGCCGGACAGGAUCGGAGGAUCGUGGCAGCUCCGCCGCAUAGCCAGCGUGGUCGUGAACGGGAACGCUGAGAAUGUCGAGACGCUGUACCAGAGGGACACGCACAAGGGCAUCAUCCUGUCGACGCCGCUGCAGCUGACGCUGGAAAAGGGGUCGCGCAACACCAUCACGGUGGGCGGCCUGUUCAACGGAUUCCACUACAAGGGCGCGGACAUCGACAGGAUCGUCGUGUACCCCCCGGAGAACUAGGCCUCUACGUAGGUAGCAGCUACAGAACCCCAAUGGCAGGAUAGACGUAUUUAGAAGCCGCCGGCAAGCACCCUGUGCCUGUGACGAGGACCUUGGUGUCGUUCUAGCUACGAGUUUGAGGGAGCCCUGAGAUCGAAGGUCCUGACGGAACUCCGCCGCUCAAACGGUGGUGCUCCAACUCUUGCCCGAAGACGCCGGCUAUAUCCGUCGGGACCAGGAAGCAAUCAGAGUGAACCUUGCUCGUAUUGACUUGUC